AUGGCCGACGAAAGCCAAUUUGACUCCUACGAAGGCGAGCUCAAACUCGUCUUCGCCGACCUACAACAAAAACUCGACGCCCUAGACACCUCCUCCACCACCAGCGCCGAAGAGCGCAAAUCCUCCAUCCGACUAGCCGAACGCGCCCUCGAAGAAGCCAAAGAGCUCCUCGACCAACUCAACCUCUCCAAAUCCUCUAUCCCCACCACACAGCGCACCAAGGUCAAUGCUCGCUACCGCAACCACGCCUCCGACUUGGACGGGUACACACGGAAGCUAAAAACACUAAAGAACAGCAACAACGCAGACAGCGACCGCGCUCAGCUCUUCGGCGAGCGCUACACCGACGACCCGAACGACGCCGCACUGGAACAGCGCCAACAGCUCCUCUCCGGCACCGAACGCCUAGGCCGAAGCGGCGAGCGCCUGCGAGAGAGCCAGCGGAUAGCGCUCGAAACAGAAGCGAUCGGGGCGGGGACGCUCGCAGAUCUGCAUCAGCAGAGGAAUGUGAUUGAGAAUACACAUCGGAAUCUGCUGCAGAGUGAGGGGUAUGUGGAUCGGAGUGUGAAGACGCUUAGGGGGAUGGCGAGGCGGUGA